AUGGAGUCCAAAUCUAACAAAAGCAUCUUAAAGAAGAUCAAGCAUCGGUUAUCCAUCAGCCGCAACCACACCCAGUCAGCCCCCGCGCUCAGCACUCUUAACUCCGACGCACCGGCUUUAUCGAUACCCCGACACAAUGCUACACAUGCCAUAGUGUACAACCCGUAUGGAAUCAACAACAAUCACGCCGUAUUUGAGGACCUUAUUGAAAAGCGAGAGCCCAGCUCGGAAGAAAAACAUACUACCCUGCCAUAUCCCACAGAAUCGCCUGCCAAGCACGUUCCCGAGCCGUUUCGGGUUACAAUAGAAGAUUUGGAGCAAUUAUACCAAUUGACCGAAUCGAGCAGUUUUAUUGGCGAAGGCGGGUCUGCAUCUAUCCGGAAGGUCCAGCGCAUCCCGGAUAAGAAGCUUGUGGCAUUGAAGAUCUUCAAUGUGUUCAAGGAAGAAGCUGCGACCACAUACUACAAACGGGUGUCUCGCGAGUUUAUUAUAACCAAGAACCUCACGCAUGUUCACGUGGCCACUGUUUACGAGCUGGUUCGGUUGCCGGUCAUUCUGUCCCGGACGUGGGGGAUGGUUAUGGACUACUACCAUGGCGACCUGCUCUCAAUUUUGCGCCAAGGUCGAUGGCAUAAUAUCCCGCUAAAUGAAAAACUCUGUUAUUUCAAACAGAUCGUGUUCGGACUUUACCACUUGCACAUCCACGAUGUUGUGCAUCUCGACCUCAAACCGGCAAACAUUCUUGUCGAGCAGGGCGUGCUCAAAAUCACAGAUUUCGGCUGUGGAGACUUUGGACACCUGCAACCGGGGCAUUUCGAGUCUGGCGUGCGGCUGAGCGAUGUCAUCCAAGGUACUCCGCCGUACCAGAGUCCGGAGAUUACACGACUCCGUAACACAAAGGGCAGCUACGACCCGUUCAAGGCGGACCUGUGGUCGUUGGGGAUCAUGCUAUUUGUGAUUUUGAAGGGCCGUGUUCCUUUCAAAGAGGCACAGCCUUUGGAUAAAGAUUAUUUGGAAUACGAGCACAACCACAAGCUUUAUCGCGACUUGAACCCUUCUUUUUCAAAAGACGACGUUUUAAAAGUGCCCAACAAGGGCGAACUGUCUCAGGAGUUUCCGCAUCCGCAACUAGUGCGGCUGUUCUGGCGGCUGUGCGAUCCUGCCGUCGAGACUCGAAUGACUUUAAAACAGCUAUUUUCCAGCGAGUACUUCCAAAAGAUAGAGACCUGUUUCAAGGAGACCGCCGAGGACAACGUGACUAUAGUUGACUACCAGGGCAACUUUGUGGAGAGCACUGGUGUUGGCAAAGUAGCGGACUUGGCCGACGUUGAAAAGGCAAGGAAUUGUCUUAUCGUCAACCAUAUCCACAGCUUCUAG